AUGAGUAUGGGCAAUAUGUUUGGAUUUCUUAAGCACAAGGGUACCGCCGUUGCUAAGUUGAAGGGUACAAGCGACAGAGCUUCUAGCAGGGUGAUGGAAAAGAAGAAAAAGUACGAAUACAUCCCGGAUAAUUUUACAUCCAUCGACCAGGUCACAGUUGCCUUGAGGGAAUCUGGUCUUGAGUCAUCAAAUCUGAUUUUGGGAAUUGAUUUCACAAAAAGUAAUGAAUGGACAGGUGAAGUUUCAUUCAACAAUAGAAGCCUGCAUGCAGUUGGUGAUAUACCUAAUCCAUACGAAAAAGCUAUAUCGAUUAUCGGAAAAACUUUGGCCCCUUUUGAUGAAGACAACUUGAUUCCUUGUUUUGGAUUUGGAGAUGCAACUACAUGCGAUCAGGAAGUAUUUAGCUUUCACAGCGAUCAUACUCCUUCUUAUGGUUUUGAAGAAGUUUUAGCCCGCUACAAAAGAAUAGUUCCAAAUUUGCGAUUGUCCGGGCCAACAUCUUAUGGACCAGUUGUAGAUGCUGCAGUAGACAUAGUGGAGAGAAGUGGUGGACAAUACCAUGUUUUGGUAAUCAUAGCAGAUGGCCAGGUAACAAAAAGUACGAGAAAGAAGGAGCUCAGCCCACAAGAAUCGAAAACUAUAGACUCUAUUGUCAAUGCAAGUUUGUAUCCUCUCUCAAUUAUUCUUGUUGGCGUUGGUGAUGGACCCUGGGAAGAUGUGAGAAACUUUGAUGACAAGAUCCCUGCUCGUGAAUUUGAUAAUUUUCAGUUUGUUAAUUUCACUGCUGUUAUGUCCAAACAAGCAACACCGUCUGAAAAAGAAACUGCCUUCGCUCUUGCUGCUCUUAUGGAGAUCCCAAUCCAAUACCAAGCAGCUAAAGAACUUCGUCUACUCGGAGGUGUAACUGGUAAAGCAAAGAACAUCAUUCCUAGGCCUCCACCGGUUCCCGACACUAGACGUGUAGCAUUUGCAUCCCAGGAACCCAGUAACACUUCGACAGCUGUGCAAGAUGAUCGAAAUCAGGUCUGCCCUGUUUGUCUAGCCAACGGUAAAGACUUGGCCUUCAACUGCGGACACAUGACUUGCGGAGACUGUAGCUCGAGAUUGUCAGACUGUCCCAUAUGUCGACAGCGCAUAAGCAGUCGCCUCAGGCUUUUCGAUGGCAAGAAGAAACUUGUUCUGUCCACCACCAGCUGGCUAGGAGGGAAGAAUGACUUUCUUGGUACUGCGUAUCUCACUGUGGGUGGAUUGUGCUUCUUCCUUGCCAUGGUGUUCAUUAUUAUUUAUCUGGUAAAACCAAGGCAACUUGGAGAUCCAUCAUAUUUGUCAUGA